UAUAACAGAGUAAAAUGACUUCUUGGUUUGAUGCUAUAGUAAUGAGCAUGCACCUAUCAAUAUUAAUGAUGUCCCUUAACCAUGAAUUACUUAUGCAUUCUAGCAUUUCCGGUUCCAUUGUCUUAACGUUUUUGGGCUUAAAAAAAUGGAUUUCAGUAAAAUGCCUGAAAAUAGACCAGUGGUUACCACAGGGUUAGGUUAUUGACAUGUUUUGUUCUAUGACAUGAAAUACAUGAAGUUAUGCCCCACAGUUUAAUUAUAACAUGCUUACGUGUUUAAACCAAGGCAGUUGCUAAUAAGAGGCAAGAUGAGGCUACAGAAGUUGUCAUGGGUAUCAAACAUCAUCAUGCCAAACAUGGAGACUCAUCUACUCACUAGUGCACCUUUACAGGCCGACUUUAGUUGCAAACUAUUACAGAAACCUAACUUUAUAGCUUGUAGAUGAUCAAUUUACAGAAAACACUUAUAGCAGUUGUGUAGCAAGAUGCUCAGUGGUGGUGCAAUUUAAGUCAUGCAACUGCAGUGUAGUCUGUUUAUAGUCUUACAUUAGCUUUUUGCUUCUAGCAAUACUCUUUGAAAAUCAUAAAAGUUGUGUACAUCUGUAGAGAUUAUCUUGCUGCGCAAAACAUGCAGAUACCAAAAAAUUGUGUUUAACACAGAGCUAAUUUUAGGCAACAAUCUAAUAUCAAAUUCAAAAGCCCCAUAGUGUUCUGGUUUUCAUGACUUCCCACUACAUGAGAUUUGUGAGAACAAAGCUCUGUAUUAGCGUACUUAACAUUUCCCUUUGGUUGUCUUGUGUUUGUAACAGUAAGAGGUUUAAAGGCUUUUACUAAUUGUAAUCGUCCCAGAAGACUAAUUGUUGUUUCAUUGGGAUUUUUCCCACAUGCAAACCCAUGGUUCAGACAAGCAUGUUCCCUUUAAUUGAAACUUCGCUUUAGGUUCCACUGUUCUGUGCCUUCAUGGGUACUGACAUAUUUAUUGUGUGAGAGCUGCCCUGAUUGACUGGGUUAUCAGUAGGAUUGCAGUAGGAUGGGGGGUAGUGGGUGGAUAUCUGACCCAGAGAGAAGAAUUUCCCCCCAGCUCCACCCCACAUUCCUCUCUACCAAACAGUAGCAUCCAAUCUGAACCUCUCUGGGGAAAUGGGCUUCUAAAAAACUGCAAUGUCAACCUAUAAGUUAGUGCCAUCGUCGUCAGCCCUGCUGUUUUUUAAAAUCCUACAUCUUAUUUAACUCCACUCAUGUGGUGCCCUUGAAUUUGAUAAUCAUGUGUUUACAAUGAAAAAAAGGACUCUCAGGGAUGCUAGGUGGGGAAAACAUGGCUCCUUUAACAGCUGAGUAACUGCAUGUAAUGGUGAUUGUAAAUUUCACCAUGAAGAAAGAACAAAACUGCUUUUAAUAACUUGUUAAUUGUUAAUAACAUAAUUGUAAAGGUUUAUAUUUGUAGUUCAGCCCUGACUGGAUGCCUAUUCAGUAGCUGAUUCUGAAAACAAAUUGGCUUUUAAAGAGAUGUUUAUUCACAUGUUAGGUAUCUAAGGUCCUGUGUUUCUAAAUUUGGAUCAAGCUAUACAACAAGCCCCCUGCCCUCACUAAAAAUGUCUGCUGAUCAGCGUCAAUGAUCAAACCCUUCAUCAGUGAGAUGAUCCGGAUAAUCAGUCUGUCUGCAGGGUGAUUAAAUCCCCAAAGAGGCCAGUUGGUAAAACCAGACGUCACUGGUAGACUGGUUUAUCAGAGGACUGUUUACAACGAUCGAGAUUACGUCACUGGAGGAAUUUAUAGUAUCAAUGAUCGUGUGUGUGAAAUGAUAUAUCACUCUGCUAAAUAAUUUUGGAACCGCUUAGUCAACAAAAAGGGAGUGGUCCUGUCUACAGUUUAAAGCUUUAAAAUAAUACAUGGAACGUAAACUGGAUCUACCUAUAGUGAAAAUUAAUGGCUUUGGAUCACGUCUUAGAUAGAGCCAUAAUUAAAAUAAAGUGAAGUAACUGUAGUAAUGGUUGACUCCACUAAGGUGUUUGUUUCUUUGUAUGAGAUGGAGAAAAAGAACAUAAAAGAAAUGAGACCCUUAGCAUGAGCACAUUUGUUGGUUUAUUGAUCAGUUUUGGUUUGUUCUUGUUCUAAUGCUGUGUAUCCGCAUUUGGGGUUAUAACUCAAAUGAGCACAAAAUUCUUCUUUUAAGAUUAUAUUCUACACCUGUCUCUUUUCAUCUUCCCUUUAUUGUAAUGUCACAAAAGUCUUUUGAUAAAACACAUUUUUUCAGCCUGAAAACUAUACUAUACCAUAAGAUAUACCAUCUUACUAAUACCAACAAAAUGUUAUGGGAGUGCAUCUCAGCAAUGCAGAGAAGUAUAACAGGUGCUUGCUUUUGGACCAUGGUCUACCGUUAAGUUCCACUUUCCAUCCUCCAAGGGAAAAAAGUUUGGGCACCCUUGGCACAACUUUUUCCACAUGCGGAAAAAGUUUUAGGCGCCUUCUGGUCAAAUCCAUUGUACGCCUACCCACACAUCUCAACAAGGAGGAAUCUUUAUAUUAUGUAUUCCUAAAUAUUGUGAUUUUGAUAAGUAACUACAACUAACAUUACUGCCUGUGCUUCUUAUUAUUUUAAUAAUAAUGACGAUUGUUCUUCUUUGUUGUUGUCACUUUCUGGUUCCUGGAUUUUGUAGCGGAGUGAGACCUCUGUGCCUCCUCCUCCUCUCUGUCUGUACGUGGAGGGCGGGGCGUUGUGUAACGGUUGGAAUGCUGUCUGUGUGCUCGAGCCUCGGACCCCGCCCCAGUGUCUUUAAAUACCCCCACCACAGCGGGCCGUGACAGGGGCGACGAGCGAGGAUGUGCUGACUUAUUCCACGUUUUGUUCAUAAGUUAGAUACUUUUAGUUUUUUGUCGGAAUAAUAAAAUGGAGUUGGACCGGCGGUUGCUGCUCGCCCACUGCACGACCCACGCCCUGUCGAUAGUGGCGGGUCUGCUGGUGGUCGUCCCCAUGGCUCUCAACGGCUCCGCGUUCAAAGGCCGCUGCGCACUCUUCUCCACCGGCUACUGGAGGACGGAGGACCGGCCCGAGCUGACGGGACAGCCGGGAGAAGUCUCUCACCUGGUGGUGCAGCAGUGGGGCCCACCGGCAGCCUGCCAGUUCGCCACAUUUGUUGGUAUUUUCACGGUGCUGUACGGCGCAGCGCAGAGCUGGAGGUGUCUCUUCUAUCUGCACGGACGGCAUGACGACACUCUGUUCUCGUCCUUCCUGACGGUGCUGCUGAGUGUGUGUGUUCUCUUCCUGUCUGGGGGGGCCAGCGUCCUCCUGUCUCUGGGACUGGUUUCCUGGUGCGACAUUGUGACGGAUGACAGCACACGGCCGUACAGCUGUGCAGAGUCCCAGUCUGUUCCUCUUUACCUGGAUGUGGACACCUCCUCUUUCUACACAGAGCUCAGUCUGGCACAGGCGUCUCUGUGGUGUGUGACGGCUCUGUGGCUGGUUCAAUCCAUCCUGGCCUUCCUGCGGCUUUACCACUCUCACAGUCAGCACAUCACCGGGCCCUGUCGCCCCCGAGAGAAGGAGCUGUUGCUGGGACACAGUCCGUCUGACAGCGGCUCGCCCUCACCUCCUCCAGCAACACCCACCCUCUUAGUCUGACUGAGUGUGUGUGAGGUACUGGCAGAAGAUGAUACACUUAACAACAUUAGCUAAAUGUAGUUCGAACCUCAUUUUCUCUGCUCUACAGUCCCUACUGCAUGUUGAAUGAAGACGUAUAGUUAAGGACAUGCUUUUAUUUUUAUAGGAAUCAUAAUUCAUCAUCUUAUAUAAUAGACCCCGACCAAUAGAUUCUAUACGGGAGUUGAUACAUAACAAGAAAAUACAGAUCAUGAAUGCCAAAGAUGUUUAUCACAACGUUUCAAAACCUUAAAGUGUUUUCUCUCCAAAGAGUGCUGACAAAUUCAUUUUUACUAUAAAGUCUGAAGUCACAGUUUUUUUAAGAACCAAAGAAUCUGGUUGUUAUCUCUUCAUACUAAAAUAUAUCUGAUUUUCUAAAUCUCAAAUAUUGAUCAGGCUUUAUUAUAUAAUGAUAUGAUGUUAGAGCAGGGCCAACAUCUCUGACAUUACAGCACGCAUCACCUCACAGUGACACAACAAUUUCGACCCAGUUUGUGCCUCUCGUGUAUUCAUUAAGUUAAAAAAAAAAUCUGUUUUUCUAAAUGAUAAAUAGCAGACAAACAAAUAAAGGAAAGAACAUUUUCCAAAAACCAUGAAGACACAUCAAAAGUUGUGAAUUAAUUUCCCACAGCAAUAGCCAGAAAGUGCGCACGUCAUUUCUGAGCUUAAUUAUAAGCAACCAAAUGGAGAAACUAUGUCCACAUCAGCCCCCAAAUACAAUAUCUGGAUUUGAGAUUUAGGGAUAUGCUGACCGUGACAGUAAGAGAACUACAGAUUUCUGGGAGUCACAUGUAAAUGAAGCUCAUUAUUAACACUACAACAACAGAUGCAUCUCAUUUAAAAGGGUCCAUACACAGUUUCUACAAAUGCAUAACACAACACAGCAAGCCAAUUUAGGCAGAUUAUGUUGGAUUAAAUGUGGGAACACGACUAAGUUUUCGUGUUUUUUCCAUUCUGAUGUCCUCAUAGCAUUAUAAAUAUCCUUGCUUGUUUUCUAUGACAUGAAAUUACUGCACAUAGCUGCAGUAUGAAAUCUUAAAACGAUAACAACAUCAUUAUCGAGAGAUAUAAUUGAUUGUAACGCUUUUUAAUGUUGGUGUAUGGCGUAAAAAUUAAGCAAGGAUAUGUUUUAAUUACAGUUAUAUUUUUCGUUACAGUCAGGAGACAGUGUUCAGUUUACAAUGAUUUUUUUUUAAUAUGUAGUCAGAAGAAUCGCAAAGGAUUCAGAUUCAUCAUAACGCAAAGUGUCGUUAAACAAGCUACUAAUGAUACAGAAGCACGGCUCUGUGAUUUAAAUUCAACAGUGAGCACUAACUGGGACUAACUUCACCUCUGUCUUGGGACAAAAAGGGAUUUUACAGAAGACAGAAAAGAAACACUCAUCAGAUCAGUUGUAGAUGUAAUCAGUGAUCUAAUAACCUCAGUGUUUGACCACAAGCAACCAGAUAGUGUUUUUCCUAGAGUACGUUUUGAAUAUAUGUAAUAUGCAUGGUUGUUUACAUUUCAGAUGGAGUCUGAUAUUUUGCACAGUUUUGUCCUCGUCAGGGAGAACACAUGUUCUGAUGUAAUUUUAAAAUGUAGCACUGAGAAGCUUUUAUUGUGAAGCAGUGGUGAGAGUGAGACUGAGCCGCUGUGUUCGUGAAGCAGGCUCACUGUGUGAGCAUGACCCGAAUGUUGUGUAAUGGAAAAAUCACUGCUGACCCUCUCUCUUCUUGUGACGAUUGUUAUUAUGAUGCUGUCUGCGUGGACGUGGCCGCUUAGGGCGUUAAUGAAGCAGUCAGCUCCUCUCAGAUGCUACUUUAGAGUGUAGACUGUGUUAUUAGGAGGUAGUUUUCAUGCUGAGAGAAAUUUGUGCGGAGCCCCUAGAGGUUCAGUGACGGGGAAAGAGGAUGUGAACUAAAAUGAUUCAUCACCUCCAUCACUGACCUAAGUGGUUGUAAUGAAACACAGACAGCUGAGAAACAAAUCUGAAGUAAAGAGAGAUGAAACAGUAAGGUGACAUGACAUUAAUUGUACUAUAUGAAAUGUUUUUUGUAUUAUGACUGAUAAGUCUUGCUUUUUAACUCUUAUACCAUUAUGCUCCUUCACAUUCGUGUUUUUGCAUUUGUCUUGUUUGUCAAAUAAAAAUCUUCCCAUUGUAAAAAGA